AUGGCCGACAAGACUAACAAGUCCGGCAUCAAGAAACUGUCCAAUGGUGACUCUGUCAUUCCCUCUUCGACACGAUCAGAUGGCAGCGUGAGGAAGGAGAUUCGAGUCAAGCCUGGCUACCAGCCACCGGAAGAUGUCGAGGUCUAUAAGAAUCGCACUGCUGAAGCAUGGAAGAAUCGAGGCAAAGGAGGAGUGCCAGGCGCAGAGUCUGCUGGUUCAGAUCCUGCUGCAGACCUAACGCAGAGUGCGGCAGCUGCGAAGAAUGCGAAGAGACGAGAGGCGAGGAAGAAAGCUGCUACGGGUGGGAAGGAGGAGAGUACUGCGAAUGCGACAAAUGGAGAGAAGGGUGCAGAUGCACCCAAGCAAGAGGAAGUUGACCCGGAGGUAGAAAAGGCGAAAGAGGCUAAGAAACUGGCGAAGAAGUUGCGACAGGCCCGAGAGCUGAAAGCCAAGAAGGAUGAGGGUGCUGCUCUGCUGCCGGAGCAGUUUGCAAAGGUCAUCAAGAUGAGCGAGCUGAUACGACAGCUUGAUGCUCUUGGUUUCGACCAGGAGGGCGAGAAGAAAGACACUGGCAACACAGAUGCAGAGUCCAAGCAGGAGAAGGAAGAAGGCUCGGCAAAGCAGGAUGGCAGCGUUGCAGGAUGA